AUGGCCAAAAUCUCGCCAUCAGAUUCGAUAACUCCGGUCACAAGACCGUUACAUCUUGAUACAACGAAUCUUAUAGAUGAUAACUUUCUAUCAGCUCCAGCUAUGUUUAUGGAGCACUCACCCGGAUUGAGUACUAAAAUCAAAAUUCCAAAACGUCAUUACUCAACAGGAGAUCCAUUGGAACGUAUGGCGACGCCUAUGUUUGACAAGGAAGAAGUUCGUCAACGUAAGAAAGGACCAUCCUCAGCUGCAACAGUCCUUGCCAUGUCCGGAUUGUUUGUCGUUGGAGUAACAUUAAUGGCAAGCGGAAUAAUUGUUUUGAUCUUACAAACGCAAACACCUUUCGUCAUAACAGGCUGUUUAUUCCUCGGCUUUGGGUUUGCCAUGCUGCUCGUCUGUGCUGUCCUUCAACGAAAAAAUGUCGUCAAGUUCUUGUUGGAUUUAAAUAGAGACUUGUAUUUCUUAAAUAUGAACAAGAGUUAUAUGUGGCGUAUGAUGUUUGAGAUGAGAUCAGAAUUGCCAUUAGCAGAAAGCUGA